UGGUGCGGAGGUGCUGGUAACUCUGGUGCCUCUCUUUUGUGUGUGGAACUCGUUGGGAGAAGUUAACUUGGAAACUGUGAUAGUUUUAAGACUAACGUGCGUACGAAUAGUUUCUUCUGGUGUUAUUCAGUCAAUAGUAUAUCAUUCCAAUAACAAGUGCGCAAGUUUGGGUGUAAUCAUAAGUAAAGAAAAAGGAGGCCCAAGUCGUUGUUGCAGUCACAGAGCCCACAGCUGGUUUUCACCAGCCACCUCUUCCUCUCGGUGGAGCCGCGGCGACACAACAAAAUGGCUGCUUCACAUUGUUAGACUGUGCGCUGGUCCACCGUAUUGGGUGUGAGGCAAAAAUUUGACUUUUGUGAGCGAUUGACUUGGUUUUCUUACCAUCAUCUCUCCCCUUUCUUUUCUUUUUUGCCCAAAAUUUGUUUUUUGGUAUUCUGGUUCGACUUAUAAAUAUUCUAUCUAUUACUCGCGUUUUGCGAUAACUUUGGUAAUAAAAUGUCGAGCCUAGUAAGGCCUCCCGAGUUCGUGAUUGCACAGAAAUACCGUCUCGUCAGAAAAAUUGGCAGCGGUUCUUUUGGAGACAUUUACCUUGCAAUCAAUAUUGCCACCGGAGAGGAAGUUGCAGUGAAAUUGGAGCCCAUGAAAGCAAGACAUCCUCAAUUGUUGUAUGAGAGUAAACUUUAUAAAGUCUUGCAAGGUGGCCUCGGUAUUCCACACAUAAGAUGGUACGGUCAAGAAAGAGAUUACAACGUCUUGGUGAUGGAUCUUUUGGGACCCUCUUUAGAGGACCUGUUCAACUUCUGUUCUCGUCGUUUCACGAUGAAGACGGUAUUGAUGCUAGCAGACCAGAUGAUUGGUCGGAUCGAAUAUGUCCAUUCGAAAAAUUUCAUUCAUCGCGAUAUAAAACCCGAUAAUUUCCUUAUGGGUAUUGGCCGUCAUUGUAACAAGUUAUUCCUGAUAGACUACGGCCUUGCAAAGAAGUAUCGUGAUUCGCGCACCCGCCUCCACAUUUCGUACCGAGAGGACAAAAACCUGACGGGAACAGCCCGCUAUGCUUCCAUAAAUGCCCAUUUAGGCAUUGAACAAAGCCGUCGCGACGACAUGGAGUCCAUGGGCUAUGUGUUGAUGUACUUCAAUCGUGGUAGCCUGCCCUGGCAGGGGCUCAAGGUGGGUAAGGCGGCCACCAAGAAACAAAAAUAUGAGAAAAUUAGCGAGAAGAAAAUGUCAACUCCCGUAGAAGUCCUCUGCAAGGGCUUCCCAGCAGAAUUUGCCAUGUACUUGAAUUAUUGCCGUGGUUUACGCUUCGAGGAGCAGCCCGAUUAUAUGUAUCUGAGGCAGUUGUUCCGGAUUUUAUUCCGCACACUAAACCAUCAGUACGACUACACCUUCGACUGGACCAUGCUUAAACAAAAGGCAGCGGCCUCGGCUGCAGUCAUGGGAGGUAGCUCAUCACAGGCAACGCAACCCCUUCUAGUCCCAGCAGACGAUCGGGAACUGCGUGAGGUACGUGAGCGAGAGGUGGCCGCUCGCAAGUGACUGGCUGGCAGCGGGGGGCGGGGUACGGUCGAUAGGGAGGCGGAACCCAAGGCGCCCAAAGCCGCCAGAACUCAGGAGGAUGGCGACAACGAUCCGGGAGUAUCGCCUGCCGACACCCGUCCGCCAGUGAUGACCAACACCCCCACCGACAAGCGCGUUCUGCGCUCGGCCUCCCGCAGAGGAAAAUGAUAGCGUUCACAUUGUCUGUUGAUUUGUUGGAAUGAAUUUGCAACAACCACCACAAAAAGAAACAUAACAAACACCUUAAACAUAUUUUUUUUUUUUUUUUUUUUUCGUCGCGAUUUCAUUAGGUUUAAGAUUUCAGUAAAGAAACCAAACCAAACCUUGUGGUUUUCAAGCAGCGAUUGUAUUUUCUUGUAAUUGUCCUCGAGUGAAUCCCUGUUUCCUGUAAUUCAUUUUUAAAUUGCUAGUUUUUUUUUUUUUUUCAAUUUUUUUUCUAUUUUUGUUUUGUUGAAUUCGCUAUAUCAUCAACAUCCAUCUACCAGCAACACAAACCGUUCAAUUUUACAUAGCUGUUGGCGGAAACCAAUGUAGUGUUUAUCGAUUCCCAUCCAUAAUAAUUUGUCAUCCUUAAGAAAAAGUGAUUCAUUUCUUUCGGUAACGUUUGCACUUCUGUUUCGAUAAUCAUUCUGUGGAAUUCACGUCGAAAAAUUGGGUUAGAACCAACUCCACCAUCAAUUGUAUCGGAAUUCCUCUUGUGGUCUUGAUCACUUCUAUUAUUACCCUACCGUACUUUCACUCCUUUGUUUCUAUUGGAAACGAAGUUGUUCGCUCGGUUUGAUGAAAACUAAUGCUGCUGUCACCUCUCCCUUUUGGUUAUGUUUCCUCCGUAAAGCAAUCCGUUCUUACUUCGACUUUGGGGGCAGAAUACACUUUUUUGAAAAUAA